CUAAAAUGUCCGCCCGCCAGCCGCAGCGGAAGAAGGUGGUGGCGGGCACGGGUCGGGGCGCCUUUUGAAACCGCGGCGCUAGAACAGGGCGGCCCCAGAGCCCCGACGCCCCCUGCAGGUUCCAUUCGCCGACACGCGCAAAGCGCUACCCCAGACGCAUCCAGGAAGUGAGUGAGAAGACGACGCUUUGAGUGACGCAACUUCCGGCGCGCCGCUUCCGGCGGCCUAGUCGGUGCUUGGGCGGACUGUGUGGCAGUUAGGUGGGCCGUGCCAAUGCAGCCUCGGGCUCCUCCGCUACCAACCGUGGGCGAGUUCUCGGCGCGCGGGGCACUGGCGUGGCGCUCUGACUAUAGUUGUGUCAGUGUGUUAUGAUGCCUUCCCGUACCAACCUGGCUACUGGAAUCCCAAGUAGUAAAGUGAAAUAUUCAAGGCUUUCCAGCACAGACGAUGGCUACAUUGACCUUCAGUCAAAGCCAGUUCAUCUUUUAAGGGAGAAACUUACUGCUGAAGCCAGCAGAUUGUGGGAAUCUUCCUUCUUUCCUGAUGUCAUGAGAUCCAAUUUAUUAAAGGUAUUCUUUGUGACAAACAGCUCUCUCCUGUUGUCGGGCUACAUCAGCAAAGGGGGGGCAGACCGAGCUGUUCCAGUCCUGAUCAUUGGCAUUCUGGUGUUCCUUCCCGGAUUUUACCACCUGCGCAUUGCCUACUAUGCAUCCAAAGGCUACCGGGGUUACUCCUACGAUGACAUUCCAGACUUUGAUGACUAGCACCCACCCAGCCCUGAGGAGAAAAGUCACAAUGGGACUACACCUAGCUUUGAGAUAUUGAGCAAAAACUAUGGCUAAGGGCUAAGGAAUUUUGCAGUUUGCAAUGUUAAAAACAAUGUCCAGAUUUUGGUUCCAUCCCCAAGAUGUUAACUAAGCUUACAAUUAGCUAAUUAGGACAUCCUCUGCUUUUCAGCUUCUGGCCCUGACAAGUUUUUCCACUGGAAUAUGUAUCAUGGAACAAUAGCAAUGUUAAUUGUCUAGGAAACAGGAGGUUAUUCUGUAGUGGAAAGUGUUGUUGCCACCACCCUCUUUAGAGUUGAGUGUUUCUAUUAAAUGGUCUUCAUUGUCAAUUUGUUCUAGCCGCAAAUGGAAGAAUGGAGCAUGUCUAAUUUCUUAUUACUAAGUAAUUUAUUUUAAAAAAAUCUAAGUUUAUCCCCUCUAGUUACUUCUGCAUUCAUGUUCUAGUGUAAAACCUUGGUAAAAUUAAAUAUCAGUGUCCAUGUAUCUGUAAUAUUUUUUACUCUUUUUCUUAUUGACAGCAACCAGGAAUUUUUUAAACUGCAGAACAACUUUUCAAAUGUAAACACCUUCUCUGUUUACCAAUCCUUGGCCAGCUCUGAGCUAUAUCACCAAUAGGUUGAACAGCAUAUAAUAUGGGUCAUUAUGUCCUUUGUAGAUCAAGAUGUUCUGUAUAUCAUGCCUUUAAGGACUGGACUUUUGGCUGUUUCCUAAUGAAAAAUGUAGAUAAGUGUUGUUUAUUUAGAGUUUAUAACCCUAUUGUCAGUACCUUGUAUUAUGUUCUCAUUCUGUGAAAGAUCAGAAGUCUGGAUCCCUAAAGACUAUACUGCCUUACUUAGGCUGAUACUGUUUCCUAGCUUGCAAAAAGUGACUUAUACUCAAAUUAAAAUGUUGAAAUCCAAA